AUGGGAAAUCAAGUUAGGAAUGAAGUGAGGGCAGAGCAAGAGGAUGAUCUGAAGAAGAAAAACAAAUCUGAAGUUACAACGAGAAAGAAGAAAGACAAACAAAGAUGUAAUGAUGAGAUCGAAGAGAGUAAAUAUAUGCCAACUCUACCUUUCCCGCAGAAGCAGAGAAGAGAGAAGCUGGACAAACAGUUCGGGCAUUUUUUAGAAGUGCUCAAGCAGGUGCAUGUGAAUAUACCUUUCAUAGAGGUGCUACCACAGAUGCCGGCUUAUGCUAAAAAACUUAGAGAGAUAUUGUCCAAAAAUAGGAAAGUGGAAGAAACAUAUGUUGUCAAGCUCACAGAGCAUUGCAGUGCCAUUCUGCAAAACAAGCUCUCUCAAAAGUGUGGAGAUCCAGGGAGUUUUACUCUACCAAAAUUAGAGGGAGAUAUUGGAGAAAUCAGGUCGAUACCUAUGUCCUUGCAGCUAGCGGAUCAGACCACAAUCAUACCUGAAGGUAUAGUGGAAGAUGUGCUAGUUCGGGUGGACAAGUUUGUGUUCCCUGUGGAUUUCAUUGUGGUGAACAUGGAGGAGAAUAGGGAGGUCCCUCUGAUUUUAGGAAGAUCCUUCUUGGAUACGAUCAGAGCAAUUCUGGAUAUUCAGGAAAGGCAACUCAUGCUCAGAGUGGGGGAAGAAAGGUUGAUCUUCAAGAUAGAAUGA